AAAGUAACACAGAAAUUCCAUGGAAGCAAUGGUCGGUAAAGCAUAGGUCUAGACUCUCAAAACUUGCUGAAAUUUUGAAAACCAAACCAUCAAAAGCAAAGAGAUUUGGAGUAUACCACGUGUGCUUGCAUGAACAAUUUUGCAUCGGGGAAGGAGGUGAAGGAAGUGUUUAUGUCGGGUUAUCGGAUGAUGGCUAUGAAGUUGCCGUAAAGCACUUGAAUCUUACAAAAGGUCAGGAAUAUAAUGACAAUGAGGAAAAAAUCUUGAAUUCUCCAAACGUGCGAAAGGAAAAACACAUUGUCAACUAUCGCUACCACAAAAAAAUUAAUUCUAAAGAACAUUUCGUAGUUUUGGAUUUACAUGAAAAGAGCUUGCGAGAUUAUGUUCUUGAUGAGACAAAGCCUGUCGAACAGUUAAGAAAGGACGGUCCAAGUAUAACACGUCAAAUACUUUGUGGUGUCAAAGCACUUCAUUGUGGUAAUCCGGAAAUACUCCAUCGGGAUUUGAAACCACAGAAUGUACUUGUGAACCUAGAAGGUGAGAUGUUGCUUGCUGAUUUCGGAAUUAGUCGAACGCUACCACCAAACGAAACCACGCACAAGAGCGGCGUAAGGGGAACUGAAGGAUGGAUGGCAGCGGAAUCACUUCCGACAGAAGAUGAUGACACUGAUUGCUUAUCUAAUACCGAUAUCCAAGUUCGUUAUAUGAAACAAUCUGACAUUCAAGUUGUUGGAAUGCUAUGUUACUAUAUCUUGACCAAAGGAAAACACCCAUACGGUCAACAAUAUCGAAAUUACCAUAUCUCAAAAGGAGAAUUCGAUUUGAAGGAUUUAAGUGAUCCUUGUGCAAGAGAUCUUAUUAUAUGGAUGCUCCAACAUGAUCCUUCCGAACGACCUAACGUCAACCAAUGUCUGAAACAUCCAUACCUUCGAACGGCAGAAGAAAAUUUUAAUUUAGUCAAAAGUGUUGGUAACGAGAGAGAAAUUAAAACCGGGGAUGCGACAUCAAUUGUUGUUCAAGAAUUAAAUAAGUUGCCAGUUUUUACCAACUGGUUAUCAAUGAUUGAAGCUUGUGUGAUGAAUUAUAUGACUGCACGUCGAUCUCCGUAUACAAACGACGCGGCAGAUCUUUUGAGGUUCAUUCGAAACACAGCAGUCCACUGGCACGACAAGACACCACCUGCAAAUGUCCAGAGCACCGUCGUUACACCACAAGAAUAUUUCGAAAGGAAAUUUCCAACCCUUGCUGUUGAACUGCAUCGAAUCAUCAGAGGAAAUUUUGACUGGGCAACGAGGGAAGAUCUUAUAGAAUAUUUUUAA